AUGAAGGGCAGUAGGCGGGGCCUGGCGCUUGCUUGCUUCAUGGCGACCAUGUCGAGCAUUGAAAACUUGAGCGUCGAACAGCUCCACAAGAUCAACACGUGGAAGAAGUUCGUCGACGAGCGGCCAUGGAGCGCGAGGAAGAUGAAGUCGAACGCCUUCCCCGUCGACCCCGUGGGCUGCGAUCUCUCACUGUGGAGGUGGAAGCUAGAGAAUCCGGAUGGGAGGCCCCGAAACGACAGAAGAACGUACGUGAUGCAAGUAUCCUACCUCGGAACAGACUUCUCUGCAGUUCAACGAUGCCCAGGGGUUCGGACCGUGCAAGAGGAAGUUGAGAAGGUGCUCGAGAGUAUCUUCACCAACUACAGCACGAGGCCUCAUAGCCUGGGCGGACAGAUUCUGGCGUGCAUGCGUACGCACAGGUUUGCCGGGGAGGACAGGGAGGGAAGCAAGGUGAUGGGGCAGCAGAUGUUCUCAUUUCAUUGCUGGGAUGCGAUCAAGACCUGCCAGCUAGUGGAGGACAUGAACUCGAGGCUGCCGCGGGACGUGCGGGUUAUGCCCAGGUCCUUUCAUGCCAACUUUGCAGCCACCUGGAGGAAAUAUUGCUACGUCUUCCCGCUGCAGGAGAUCGGAGCAGGACGGUUCGAUGUGGAAGCGGAAGAAGUAGAUAGCAUGUUGAGGGGUCUGGAGGGGAGGAGGAGGCAUUACAACUCGUUCUCGUACAAGGUGCUGGUCGUCGAGCUGACAGCCAACAGGUUUCUCAGGAGGAUGGUGCGGAAGCUAGUGGCUACAGCCAUUCGGGCAGCCGCUUUUCCAGAAGAAGAGAAUUCUUUCACGAAGAUUCUUGAGGCGUGCGACAGCUCUCGCUCUGCUCCUCCUCUCCCAAGCAUCGGCCUCUGCCUAGUGGGAGUAGGAUACGACGACUACGACAAGAAGAGAGGAGGUGCUGCCAUCCACUCGCUAGCCUGA